AUGUUCCAAAUUCCAUCCUUGAAACUUUCCAAUCUCUUCUCAUGGGGUGAAAAACAUCCCAUUGACCUCCCGACGGUCAAAGUGCACGAUCUGGAAACCUCCGAAGAGAAAGGCACGAGGACCCUGAAGCACCUGCUGAAGCUGAACCAUGCGAAUCAUGCCAUCUUAUGGAAUCAUCGCAAGUUUCACAAUCACGCGCCUCAUCUUCUCAGCGCUGCUUACUUGCAAGGCGCCGAUGCGGAUGAUCUUGCUCGCUUGUACGAGUCCGAGUCGAAAGAGUUGGAGGAGUGGGAUGAUUCUCCUGCCGAGGUGACUGAAGAUGACUGGAGAGAGUUUGUGGGACGCAGAGAAUAUCAAAAGGCUUUUGUGGAUUUCUUCGAGGACGAGAUGGUUCGACUGGGCUAUGACUGGAAACAAGUCGUGGCCGAAUACUUAUUCUCGGGGGACGAGCCCUUGUUUAAUUCCGUGAUGGCUGAUCUCGGACAUCCCUUGAUACAUCUGGCCUACGCAUAUGAAAUGUCCAGUCGUGAAGUGGGUAUGGAAUCUCUCGGUUUAGCGGCGACAUGCUACAACAAAAUCCACAAGUACCUGGACGACCCCGUCUUCAACCAAGUCGAGGCACCCUACCACGCCAGCUCGCUCUUCGAAAUCAUCGAGAGAGUCCACACCGACAAGAGACUCGACAAUCUCUUCGUCACCCCGGGCGACCACAACGUCGAAACCCUCUUCACCGACCACGAGGCCCUUCUCCUCGACCACUGGAAUGCCUGGACAAUCACCAACCCGACGGAACAGUUCCGUGAGAGCCAGCGGCUGGCGGCCGCCCUCCUGGUCGCGACACACACCGACACCAGCGAAAAGUACGAUUUCUUCCUUGUGCACGUACUGACCACCAGCCAUGCCGUGCGUGUCUUACUCCCCCUGAUCCCGGCCAAGUUUCAGAUCCCGCUCGUUCGUCAGUGGUGGUUGAUUACGUUGGCGGUAUACAUUGCGCAGCUGCGGCCUCAGAUCGAGCUGGAUGUUGUGCGUCACAUCGAUCUGAAGGGGAGGGAUUGGGCCUGGACGGCAGAACAGGCCGUCAAGGGCCGCCACUCGACGGACUCGCAUUAUGUCAAGGCUUUGAGGUCGUUGCAUGAGUGUGCGAUUACCUGGGGGGACCAGGAUGACUUGUUUCUGAAAGCUGCGGUGAAGUUUGCCGAGGAAUUCACUGAAUGGGGAGGAUUUGUGUGA